CCUUCCCGAGCCCGCCCUAGCAGGGGCUCUGUCCCUUUCCGCCUUGGGCGGCGUGGCUCUGCUGGGAAGGCUGGUACCGGCCCUUGCCCGUACCCCCGGCUGCAGAGAGCCCCACGCUUGCCAUGCAGCCUUCAGCCCUGUGGGUCGGGUGUGCUUGUGCAACAGACCCCUCUUCAGCCGUGUAAAGGGCUGCAGGAGUGAUGCUAGUCCGGUCUGGCCUUGGAAAGUCUCUGUCCAGAAGAGGUGAAGAAGAUGAAAAUACUUUUAGAGGCAACAGCAUGGAAAUGCCAAGAAAAUAAUUCCAGGUGGUUUUCUCACUUUUAUAUUCUUUCUGUGGUCUGGAACGGCUUUCUGCUCCUAUUACUUAUUCAAGCUUUGUUCCUAUCAAGACCUUUCCCAGUAUGGCUUCAGAAUUUGCUCAGUGCUCUUGGUGGAGCUUCACAAAACCAGGAUGUGGGUGACAAACACCUGUCUGUCCUCCUGGUUCUCAUGCUCCUGUUGCUACACAGCUUUCAGAGGCUCAUAGAGUGCCUGUGCAUCAGUGUCUUCUCCAGUGGUGUCCUUCAUAUCUUACAGUACUGUAUGGGACUUGGGUACUAUAUUGUUAUUGGCUUAACGGUGCUGUGUCAAGUGCCAGCUAAUGUCAGCAAUGGGAAAGACCUCUUUAUGCAGAUCUGCUGGUAUCACAUCCUAGGAAUUAUGAUGUACAUUUGGGCCUCUGUUCACCAACAUAGAUGCCAUGUGAUUCUAGCUAAUCUUAGAAAAGGUAAAUCAGGUGAGAUGUUUCACUUCUUGGAGCUGUUUGUAAUAAUUUUUUCCAUUAAAUAUUGUGUGUCACAAUGAAUCUCUCUAGAGCCCAAUCCCUUAGAACACUGGUAUUUUCCAAAAACUCAGUGAAAUGAAUGCUGACGUGAAUAUGUAUCUAUGCAGAUCAUUUUCCAUCCGGAAGAGAAAUGAGCUGGUGAGAUACAGUUAUUCACAGUAUGCAAGGUUUAAAACAAAGUUCACACUUGUAUCAUCCUGAAUAGAAAUAUGUCUAAAAUGUGUUAGGAACACUUAUCAGGUAAUUGUGAUUAUUAGUUAAGUGUUUAUCAUCUCUCUCUUAUAAAUGGGGAGACUGAUACGCAGAGGCUACAGAAUAAAUUACUUUCCUGAGCCAUGAUUAGAAAUUCUCACUCAAUGCAUAGACCUCACUUCUUAAAGUAACCAUAACAUUAGAACAUUGUGUUGGAAAUGAGUUACGCCCACCAUUUUCAAACCUGAGUGGCUAAAAUUAGACUCCUUAACCCAUAUGUAGACACGUAAUAAAAGUGAAGUGACUCUCUUUCAGAAGUGCUUAGCACCCACAAAUCCCACUGAAGUCAGUGGGAAUUGCAGGUGCUCAGC